UUUUUCUUCUUCUUUUCUUCUCUCUUUUUAAGACACAAACAUUUAUUAGAGACUUUAAUUCAUUCAUUCAUUCAUCAUAAGGCAAUUGAUUCUACAUCAUUUAUGGCUUCCUUUUGUUCAUUCUUAAUCUUCUUCAUAGCCUUAUUAAUUGCAUCAUGCAAUUUUACAUUAUUAGCCUCACACAAAACCAUGCAUGUUUCAACAAUUUCAGCAGCACCAACAGUGUUACCAAGUGUUGAUUCUCCUUCUUCUUCUUCUUCUUCUUCCUCUUCUUCUUCUCCUAUGGUGUCUCCAACACUUUCACCAGAUAUUGAACCUUUGUUUCCAACACCAGGAAGUGCUGCUUUCACUCCUUCAGAAUCUUCAUUGCCUACAAUUCCUUCAAGUCCAAGUCCUCCAAACCCUGAUUCCAUUACAAGUCCUGGAGGAUCUGUUAUGGCUUUUCCACCUUCUGAGUCUAUGCCAGCUCUGGCUCCUUCUUCCAUUGCUGCAUCUCAAGAUCAACUAUCUUCAAUUCUAUUACAUUUGGCCUUGUUGGUAUUUUGCAUACUCCAUUUUCAAGACAUGUGAGUUAAAAAGUCAUAGAUUUUGGUGUUCUUAGAUUAUGUUCUUUCUUGCUGCUGUAAUAAUGUUUCAAAAGUUUUAUACUCCAUUUUGUUUUGAUAAUGUUGUGUUUGGUUUUAAAGACAAGACACAAAUUUAGAGAGAAAAAUAUUAAAAAAAAAUAAUGUAUUUGUGUCUUAUCUUAAAACUAAACACUAUUUAAGUCAUUUUAAUUGUUCUGAUAUGUUCAUAAAUUAAUGUAUUUAAAUACAUUUUAUAUCUAGACAUUAAUUUUUGUUUACCUAUCAAAAAAGUUAAAAUGACUUAUUGGCUAUAAAAUGGAGAGAGGACUUUUAAACAUUUUAAGUGUGUCAGUCUGAUAUUCUGAGUGAUUGUAAUGUAAAAAGAAAAUAACAAUUGAGGAUAAUUUUUUUUUCUUGGUUUUAUUUAUUAUAUCAGUUCAGAUGUUACUCAGCAUAUAUGUUGUAAUAGCUAGAAAGCUUGUAUUAUUCAAAGCUUUAAUUUUUGUUAGUGUA